AGUGCGCUCAAACCCACAAUCUCUCAUAUUGACGCACCCUUAUAUUUAUUGUAAUUUCCGAUUCGGACGUCGCCUUGCCUCUCAUCAACACAGCAAUGGACGGCUCUGUCAGAACAUCGCUGAACGCAGCUUCUGCGCCAGCACCUGAUUUCAGGGGAAACGAGAGCUCCUUGGUUUCUGCACUGAAGACUUUGCUGUUCUUUACCAUCUUAAUGGUAACACUGCCUAUAGGAUUAUACUUUGCUUCAAAGGCAUAUAUCUUUGAGGGGUCAAUGAAGAUGUCAAGUACUGAUAGCUACUUCUACGCUGCCAUUGUUGCAGUGCUCGCAGUCCACGUGGUUUUGGCUUUGUUUGUUUAUGUGGCUUGGAACGAAGGUACGCCAAAAGGAAAGGGUAAACAUGACUAAGGCAUGCCCUUUCAACAACUCGCAGCACAAAAAGGAGAGACUUGGGCAUGGAUCCACAGCCCUGACCACAGGCUCCAGCCCCAACCGUAGCACCAUCUACCAACCAGACAGUUCGGGAUCUGGUGGGUGCUUGGGGUUUAAACUAAGGUCAAUGCCUGUAGCUACUUUGUAUUUCCAGGGACAGAGGAGUAGAGGGUACUGGGUGUCUGUUUUCUCUUGCUUCAGUUAUGCCAGUUACGUUUUUAGUUGUAAGUCUGGUGUUGUUUUCUUUUUUGCUCCUGAAAUGUGAUAGCUACAUUUAUUGACAGAGAACCGCUCCUCUUAAGAGAGUUGGUCAUAAAAUGGGAUUUGCUACAUGCUGUACUUUUACCGAACGGUAAUAUUAAUUCAUGUAGGGAUCCAUCAUCUGUUUGUUCAAAUUUUGGGUGUGUGUGUGUGUGUAUACUUUGAAUACAUGGUAUUCGCUUGUGCAUGUUGUCUUAUGAUUAAAAUGAUUUGAUUCAUUCAGGUCAGAAUAACUGCAAUUAUUGUUGUCACAUUCUUUUCAAAAUAAUCCUGUUUGUUAAUGCGAGGAUGUAAAUGUUUGAUUAUAAAUGUGCGCUGCAGAUAAAAAUGCUGACAUUGUCAAGAAGUCACAUAAUUUUAUUUCAUGUAACAAGCAAAGAGCAAAAUAUGAUCUGUCACUUUGUUCAAUUAAAUAGAAAAUGAACUAGA